ACGAGUCGUCGGCGAAGUGGAGAGAAGGGACGUAGACGAGGAUCGGCGACAGGUCAGGGGAGACGCGCGCUCCGGACUCUGGCUUUCACCCAGCCGUGCUUGGCCCCCGCAGUCCCCCACAGUCCGGAGACACGUGCGGCGGUGGCACUCGUCCUCGAGGGCACCUUCUGCCCCUCGUGUGGACGACCGGCCGCGCAGGUGCCGGGUGUUUUGUGCGCGGCGACGAUCGCGCGCGCGUGUGUCCUGCCGAAGGAGAGCGAGAGGGAAGUUGGAGCUUGCCGGGCGACAGGAGAGGACGCGCGGUGCGUCGCGGUGAAGCGCUGCGGCGUCCAGUCGACCGCGCGAGCUUAGUCCCGACGAUGCUGGAGGCUUCUGCCGCUCCCUAUGAGGAAUGAUAGAAUGCAAGAGGGCAGCACCGCGGUGGCGCUAGCGAUGGUGACCCCUGGCUACGAUCAGGACCCUGCCAGUGGGGUAGCCGAUUACGCGAGUCACCAGGAUCAGGCGCAGUUCGAGGCCGACAAGCGAGCAGUUUACAAGCAUCCGCUCUCCCCCCUGCUGGCGCUACUCUUCGAGAGAUGCGAGCAGGCGACCCAGAGCUCCGACAACUCUACCUCCGAGAGUUUCAACAUGGACAUACAGGCGUUCGUCCAGCACCAGGAGAGAGACCGCAAGCCCUUCCUCAUCAAUGACCCGGAGAUUGACGGCCUGAUGAUCAAGGCCAUCCAGGUCCUGCGCAUCCAUCUGCUCGAGCUGGAGAAGGUGCAGGAGCUCUGCAAGGACUUCUGCAACCGCUACAUAACCUGUCUCAAGGGCAAAAUGCAGAGCGAGAAUCUGCUGCGCAGCGACUACAGCCACCACGGGGCCGGUCACGAUGGCCUGGCGCCGUCGAGCGGCAGCAACGGCAGCAGUCCCCUGCAGGUGCUGUCAUCUACAGGCAAUGAUGUUGAGUCGGGAGCUAACGGACUCCGAGUGAGCAGAGCGUCCGAGGACCCCUCGGAGAACGGCAACGGCGGCGGUGACGGCUCUGGCGGCGGCGGUGGUGACGGCAGCGGAGGCGGCGGCGCAGGGUCGCAUCAGCAGCAGCAGCAGCAGCGCCACCACCACCACCACCAUCACCACCACCACCACCACCAUCAACAGCACCAUCCGCUGGACGAUCAGCAGCAAAUUUACGUCAGCCGUCCGUCCUCGGCGAGGUCCGCGUCCUCCGCAAGCGCUGCCCAGCGCCAACGCAGCGUCUCGGAGCGCAGCAUUGGCCAGGAUCUGGAGCAGCAGCAGCAGCAGCAACAACAGCCACCGUCACCGAGCACCGUUCACGGGAGCACGCCCUUGUCGCAGAUUGGGAAUCAUGGAUGCGCGACCGCCUGUGCCCCCGUCAACGACAUGUACCUCGGCCAAGAAGUGGAUCCAUUGAGUAAUACGUCCGACAGAGUUUAUGUAGAAGAAGCUAGCUACUGGGGACUGUUCGCUAUGCAAGAUACAAAGAAUGAAUAUGAAUUUUUGGGAGUAGCGGCUAUACAUAACAAAAAAGGCUUUGAUAUUACUGUUGUAGGCUCGCCCUCGUCGAUGCAGAGCGAAGACGACGAGGAUGCCUGUGGCAUCGCCGCGGCCGCUGGAGUCGGCUCACUCAGCGGACGAAAAACCAAGCCGAAGCGGGGUGUCCUUCCCAAACAGGCCACCAACAUCAUGCGAGCCUGGCUCUUCCAGCAUUUAGUCCAUCCCUAUCCGACGGAGGACGAGAAACGCCAGAUCGCGAGCGAGACGAACCUGACGCUGCUGCAGGUCAACAACUGGUUCAUAAACGCGCGCCGGCGCAUACUCCAGCCGAUGCUCGACGGGGCCGGCGCCACGGACGCUGGACUCCAGCAGCAUCGCGCCACCGGCGGUCCCGGUAACAACAACAACAAGCAGCAGCAGCAGCAGCAGCAGCAGCAACAGCAGCGGUCCAAGAGCCGCGGCACCGCCGGACCCGGCACUGGCAAACUACAGCAGAAGCCGGACUGGCAGUCCGAGGACUCGGGCAGCGAAUCCAACGGCUCGAGCGAUGCCGAGGGUGUGUACUCCGGCUUGAUUGGCAGCGGCGAUCGGCAAAGCAAAGCCGCCGGCGACGACGAAGACAGCGAGGACGGCGGCAUCGAAAUCGAGGACGUAAAACCCUACUGACCUCGACCGGCCACCUCGCGCGUACCUUCACAACCCACUGCUCAUUACAGUAUUAAGGUAUUCGAGGGUAGAUUUCGCUUUAACUGUCAGAUACGUAAAAAAACUAUUCUCGCGAAAAUCAUCAGGGAUAUUCUCGACUAGAAGUUAUCACGCUCUUUUCGUGUCGUGUGUUUGUGCGCGUGCAAAUUUAUACUAUCUGUCCCCGAUAAUUUUUCUUCCUGUACAUUCUUCUUUCCUUUUAUAACGACGGGAGAUGAUAUUAUCAUAUGCAUACUUACAUACAUACAU